AUGGCUAUAUUCAACGAUAUAACCAUGGCGACAGCUCGACGUCCCUAUACUUUCAUCCUCGCAUUACUUCUUACCCUACUUUUCUUUCUCUACACAUCGCGUGUGGAAAAGUUUUCGGCCGCCCCCCCGCGGAUAUAUACUCCCACUGCUAAUGAGGAGAUGCAGCUGGAUUCGGAGUAUAUCAGUGGCAGGUUUGGAUUUGAUGGGACGUGGAAUUAUACGAGGGAUUAUCGCAAUUUGUUCCUCUCGCAGAAACAAUGUGAUGUGGCUUUUCCGGGCUUGUUUGAAGAGGUCGAAAGACCGGUUCGGUUGAGGAGGAAUAAGAAGAUUUCGAGGAAGGAAUUGGAUGAUACGCCGGCGUUGAAUGGGUUUAUUAGAGCGAUGAUUUUUGAUCAGCAGUUAUACGUAAUCGACACAUCUGGAAAAAUCUAUUCUCGCGGUCUAGCAACCCUACAGGCGCUCCAUCGCGCCAUGCUCACCUCCCCCGAACCCCUCCCCAAUAUCGAAUUCACAAUGAACGUCGACGACAAAAUGGAAGGACACCCACAAUGGCUCUACGCGCGCCAAGCACACCAGAGUGAAACCUGGCUUAUGCCCGAAUACGGAUUUUGGUCCUGGCCCGAAACAAAAAUCGGUAGUUACGGAGAAAUGCAAAUGAAAGCGCUAAUGACCGAGGCUUCCUGGCCGUGGGAUCGCAAAAUCGAUAAAUUGUUAUGGCGCGGCGCGACGAUGAAUCUCGAGGUUCGGAAGAAAUUUAUCGAGAUGACGCAAGGAAAAGAGUGGGCUGAUGUGAAAUCAUUAGAUUGGCACGAUGAGGGCAGUAUGAAGAAUGAUUUGAAGAGUAUGGAUGAGCAUUUGCAAGAUCAACAGGAAAGGAAAAUCUGUAGUUUCCUGAAGAGAUUUCAGGAAAUCUAUAAGGUUAAGUUGUAUGAUAAGGAAAGAAAGAACUCAUCAGUUUUCGAGGCGUCCUCCGUAGUAUGGGAUACUUUUACGCUAUUUUCAAGGGCCGAUAUUCAAGGCACCACUCCUUACACGACUUGGGGAUGGAUUGGUGGGUGUGGUGUAUGCAGGUUGGAAUGA